AUGUCUCCUAUGUUUGUGGGGAUUGGGACUGGUUGGCGUCCUGCCGUGCGCCACUGGACACGCUCCUCUUUCACCGGGAAACAGCUGAGAGUCUGCAUCCCACCUGAAUCCCCCAACAAGGAGUUGGUCUUGGUUAUCGGGGAUUCACAUCUCAGAUCCUUCGUGGAGAGAGAUGUGGACAUCAGAGCAGAUGGCCCAUACUCCUUUAGGUACAUUUGCUCCCCUGGUGCUACAGCUGACACCUUGGAGACUGACGUACGCCAUUCCACUGUUGACCAACGCGUGUCAAAAUGUGUGGUGCUGGCUACGGGCAACGACUCUUCCACCAGGGGCCAGACAGUGGAGCGGGCACAGAAGAACUUCCAGAGUCUUCUGUCUACAGUAAAACGUCUUUGCCCAAAGACAUGUGUGCUGGACUUCCCGGCUCGUCAUGUGGUCAGUGUGGCCAAGCAGAACCAGUUUCGUGAAGCAUACCAGGCAGCAGCAGAGGCAGAAGGGCUGCAGUAUGUAUUCUGUGUGGACAGCUUCCCUAUGAAGAACUUGCGUCUCUGGGCUAAGGAUGGUAUCCACCUCAGUGUACCUGAAGGCAUGCGAGUCUUGUCUGACUUGAUCUGUAAGGCCAUCAGGGAGCUGUCUGAGAGCACCGUGGAUUCUGCCCACCCAAGCCCGAAGACACCUGCCGCCCCGUGUGUGAAGCCCCUGCCGAAGACCCCAGAUGUGGUUGUGACCUGUCCCACAUCCAGAGCAGUCCGAGUCCCAUCUACCACUCCACAGACGGACUCUGAGGGCUGGGAAUUUGGAAAGAAGAGUCUACAGUUGACUGCCACCACGAGAAAUGUUUCCCUGCGACAGGUCACUGGUCUGUGUGCUAUUCCCGUGUCUGCUGGCCGCUUUGCUGUUUUGUCUGCACCGCAGAAGACUCCUGCAACCUCAAAGAACCCAACUACCCUGGCAACAAAGAAGGUGAGUCAAGCAAGGACUGCCGUGCCAAGUAGAAGACAGCCAAAGAGACAGAUGAAGCAUGCAGCCAGAGUUGGGGAAGCAGCGAGCUCAACAUCAAGCUGGCAACCUCGAGUUGUGCUGAAAAAGCUGGAGACAACUGUGGCAGAGGCGCCAGUCAGACCUGCUAUCAACACAGCACCGACAGAAGAUCAGCAGGUGCAGACUGAUGCUGUGACAGUGACACUACGUCCAUCUACCUGCACAGAGCCUGAAGUGGUCGUGGAAGUGGUGAAGCCUGAUGUGAAGAGACCCAGGAGGACCUCCAGUCCUGUUCACAGAGAAGCAGAUGUGCAGGAGGAGCCUGAUGUGAAGAGACCCAGGAGGACCCCUAGUCCUGUUCACAGAGAAGCAGAUAUGCAGGUACCAAUGAAGAAGGUCUGCUGUGGAAAGCAAGUCCCUGUUUCCAGACUGCAGCGGCCGUCACCCGAAGAGUGCAAAGCAAAAGUGGCCAAGAAGGAUUCCUGCCAUGAAAAACAAGCAUCUGUUCAACUACAGCCUCUGCAGCACGAAGACAGCAAAGCUCCUCAGUUUGACAAUAUUGUUGGGUCAUUUCAUCAAGGACACACAAUAUUUCAUCCACAAAGUAGAGGAAAGCAGUGCAUGGCCAUUGCUUUGGCUGCAAUUGUUAAACACACACACCUGCGGGAGGUGCAUGAAUGGUCUCAGAAAGAUCUAAACAUGGUUUUACUGGAAGGUGAUCAUCUGUACAUAAGGAAGAAGCAUCGUAUUCCUGGGGAUCAGUCUUAUUUGGGAGCUUUCGAUUUUAAAAAGGAGGAGAAGCUGUUUGGCAAGACGUUUUGUUUGAAAAUGGUCACUGUUAUUGGACGUCUGCUUUCAGCCACCAACCCUGUGGAAAAAGUAUGUUUUCUUACUUUGAAGACAGCUCUGGAAGAACAUCUUGCUACUGACAACGCUUGUCUCUUCACCAUGUCAGGCACUACAUGUGCUAUUAUCGCUAAAAAUGGCAUGUAUGCUAUUGUGGACUCCCAUGCACGCAGUAAAUCUGGGAUGGUAGAUGGCAAUGGUUCAAGUGUUGUUGUGUUUUUCCAGAGCAUCAGUGAAGUUUAUGACCACAUAAUCCAACUUGCAGCAGGAUUCAUUGAUUCAAAUGUUGAGUUUGAGCUCAAUAGCGUGGCAGUGACUUUGAAAGACUGUGACUGUGAUGGUGUGACUGCUGAGCCUACUCUGGGCUGUCCUGAACCUCAUGCUGUGACUGAACUUAAAAGUAACCCCAAUUCCUGUGUUACUGAAAGUACUGCUGCAACUGACACGGCUGGUUUGAAAGCUUGUGAUCCUGGAUUCAAGACAAAGGAAAAUUUACCAGAAGCUGAAUAUCACGACCUGGGGGAGGUUUUUAGCAAGAGCAAGGCCCUCUCUUUACCGCCCCACCGCCCAUAUGACUGCGCCAUUGACCUCCUGCCGGGUGCCCCACUACCAUCUAGCAGGCUAUAUAACCUGUCUAAACCUGAACGCGAGUCAAUGGAGGACUAUAUCCGUGGGUCCCUGGCUGCCGGAAUCAUCCGCCCGUCCACUUCACCCGUGGGAGCGGGGUUCUUCUUUGUGGCUAAGAAGGACAAAUCCCUGCGGCCUUGCAUUGAUUACCGGGGUCUGAACAAUAUAACUGUAAAGAAUAAAUACCCGCUUCCCUUACUGGACUCGGCAUUUACGCCCCUCCACGGUGCGACCAUCUUCUCCAAGUUGGAUUUGCGGAAUGCGUACCACCUGGUGCGCAUCAGGGAGGGAGACGAAUGGAAGACGGCCUUCAAGACACCCCUGGGACAUUUCGAAUACUUGGUUAUGCCCUUCGGUCUCACCAACGCCCCUGCCGUAUUCCAAGCCCUCAUCAACGAUGUGCUCCGUGAUUUCCUUAACCGAUUCGUCUUUGUUUACUUGGAUGACAUCUUGAUUUUCUCGCGGUCCCCCCAGGAGCAUCACCAGCACGUUCGCCAGGUUCUCCAGCGCCUCCUCGAGAAUAAACUGUUCGUGAAAGCUGAGAAAUGCGAGUUUCACGCAGAGGAGGUCAGCUUUUUGGGCUUCAUUGUGGGGCGGGGCCAAGUAAGAGCUGAUCCUGAAAAGAUCCAGGCUGUCACUGAGUGGCCCGUUCCUACCAGCCGGAGACAGCUCCAGAGAUUUAUCGGCUUUGCCAAUUUUUAUAGACGUUUCAUCCGGGAUUUUAGUAGGGUUAUCUCGCCCUUAACUAAACUCACCUCUCCUGCUUUGCAGUUUGCCUGGUCUCCUGAGGCGCAGACAGCCUUCGAGAAGCUUAAGAGACUAUUUACCUCCGCUCCCAUCCUGCACCAGCCCGACCCUUCACGGCAAUUCAUCGUGGAGGUCGACGCCUCCGACUCGGGAGUGGGGGCCGUGCUUUCGCAGAGGUUCGACCCCCACAACCGCCUCUGUCCCUGCGCCUUCUUUUCCCGGCGAUUGUCCUCGGCCGAGGUCAAUUAUGACGUGGGGGAUCGGGAGCUCCUUGCCGUAAAGCUGGCCUUGGAGGAGUGGCGCCACUGGCUCGAAGGGGCGGAGCAACCAUUCAUCGUCUGGACCGACCAUAAAAACUUGGAGUACAUCCAGUCCGCCAGGCGCCUCAAUCCCCGUCAAGCUCGUUGGUCCCUCUUCUUCAGCCGCUUCAACUUUCUCCUCACCUACCGCCCCGGAUCUCGGAACGUCAAACCAGAUGCCCUCUCCAAGCUGUCCCCCCGAUUCCUGGGACCGUUUAAGAUCAUGAGGAUCAUAAAUCCAUCGGCGGUGCGCCUCCAGUUACCCCCGUCUCUCCGGAUUCAUCCGACCUUUCACGUCUCCCAGGUUAAACCAGUCCGGACCAGCGACCUGUGCCCUCCGGCCGAUCCCCCACCGCCCGCCCGAGUCAUUGACGGCCACCCGGCGUUCACCGUCCGCCGCCUGAUUGACGUUCGUCGCCGUGGUAGGGGCCUCCAGUACCUCGUCGAUUGGGAGGGUUACGGUCCGGAGGAGCGAUCCUGGGUGCCCAGGGCACGCAUUCUGGACCCCGACAUGGUGAGAGACUUCGAACAUAAAGAGAAGUUGAAAGCACUGAGUGUGAAAAAGUACAAAACUGAACAGGAACAUAAAGAGAAAUUGAAAGCACUGAGUGUGGAAAAGUACAGAACCGACCUGGAACAUAAAGACAAGUUGAAAGCACUGAGUGUGGAGAAAUACAAAUCCGACCUGCAACAUAAAGAGAAGCUGAAAGCAUAUAGUUGUGAAAAAUACAGAAGUGAUUUGAUACACCAAAAUAAAGUUAAAGCUGAAAGUGUCCGGAACUAUAAAGCAAACCCUGAUCUUCGACAAAAAUUAAAAUCAAUAAAUAAAGCCAAAUACCACAAAGACAGUACUUUCAGGCGUAAAGUCCUGGAUAAAAAACAAUUCAAAAGAAAUCAAGAAAAAGUGCUGGCUGAUCAGAUGAACGUUGUAAUGAAUGAGUUUUUAAAGAAAGCCAACGAUGGACCUGAAUUUAUUUGCUGUGUAUGUUUCCGAUCCAUGUUUAAAGCAGCAGUAGUUCCAUACAAACAAAAGAACUACAAAAACAAAGCAGCUCAAGUAACGGCGGAAACAUGUGUCUCAGAUGAGUAUUUGCAUGAAUGUACCUCUGAGUGCAAUGCACCAUGUCCAUUACAAGAAUCAAGAGGUGAGCUUUGGAUGUGCAAGGUUUGUCAUUCAAAGAUCCGAAGAGGUGUAACCCCAGCAGAAUGGUGGGGAAACAAUUUACAACUGGAUUCAAUUCCUCUUGAGUUGGCUUGUUUGAAUCAUCUUGAAAAACAUUUGAUUGCUUUAAACAUUCCAUUUAUGAAAGUAUUAGCUUUACCAAAGGGUGGUCAAAAUGGAUGCCACGGACCAAUUUUUUGCGUCCCUUCUUCAGUAAAUCAUACUUGUUCUGUUUUGCCUCGGUCAAAUCUAGAAGGUUGUCUGUUACGUGUUAAAUUAAAGCGCAAGCUAUCUUACAAAGGACAUUAUGAAUAUCACUUUGUCGACACAAAUCACCUGAAAGAAGCACUGAAAUAUUUAAAGGAAAACAAUCAAUAUUAUCAAGACAUAGAAAUAAAUGAAGAAUGGGUGAAUGAGUUUGCUAAAGAAGAAGAAAACCAAGCACAAGACGACUCUAAUGGUAAUGCACAAAACAAAGAAGUCUCCAACAAUAAUUCAAAACAAACUGAGUCUCCUGAUGAAGAAGAUGAAACUCUACAUGACCGGCAAAACCACUGUAUUUAUCAAGAUUCUUGUUCCAUGCCUGUUGAUCUUGGUCAAGAAACUCUUGAUCAGGGUUUUGAAGAUAUAAUUAAUCUGGCACCUGCUGAAGGAAACAAUCCUGUGCGUAUUUUGUCAGAUAAAGAUAAUGAAGCAAAAUCCUUUCCAUAUCUUUUUCCAUCAGGGAACAAUACUUAUCAUACGCCCAGACAGUACUACUUGACAUUGGCACGAUAUUUUAAUAACAGAAUAUUGCACGCUGAUGGAAGGUUUGCAAAGUGCGUUGAAUACAUUUUUUUUGCACAAUACAUGUCAGAAGUUCAGCAAGUCAUUCAGCAAGUGUCAAUAGCAUCACGCAAAGGACACACAAACCCUGCAGGCCAAAAAGACAACGCUCCACAAAACAUCGAGUCUUUGCAGGACAUCAUUAAGACUGAUGAAGGAUAUCGUUUUCUAAGGCCUAUAAGAGGUACUCCAAGCUUCUGGCAGGGUGCACAAAAAGAUUUACUUGCCAUGGUGCGGAAUCUGGGAAAACCUACUUUUUUUUGCAGUUUUUCGUCUGCAGACUUGCGCUGGGGAGGGCUUUUAAAUUCAAUUUUGAAGCAAGAGGGGAGAACUGAAACUUCUGAGAGUUUGGAGUAUGCUGAAAGGUGUGAACUGUUGCGUAAUCGCCCUGUCACUGCAGCACGCAUGUUUGACUACAGGUGGCAUCUCUUGUUGAAUUAUGUGUUACUAUCUUCAUUGAAUCCAAUUGGAAAGAUUAAAGAUUACUUUUAUCGAGUAGAAUUUCAACAACGUGGAUCACCCCAUGUACACGCUUUAUUUUGGAUUGAGGAUGCUCCUGAGAUUGGAAAAAACACAGAUGAAGAAGUGGUGCAAUUCAUCGACAAGUACAUAACAUGUGAAAUACCCACACAAGAUCAGCAAUUAGCUGAAACUGUUACCUCCGUGCAGCAACAUUCUCAACGGCAUUCAAAAACAUGUAAGAAAAAGAAUACAGCCUGCCGGUUCAAUUUCCCACGCCCUGUAUCUGAACGUACUUUCAUCACCAAAAAACAGAAAAUACCAAAGUGCCCAAAGUGCCAAGGUGACACUGCAACCAACAGCCAAGAACAAAAUAAAAACACUGUGGAAUGCAUAUGCUCUCAGAAUGAACAGAACUUUAUGAAAGAAGAGGAUGCAAUGAAAAUACUGACAACUGUUAAAAAAGCACUUCUGGAUAAAGACAAUCCCAUUACGAGUAUCCAGCAACUGUUUCAAAAUGUUGGCAUUACGCAGGAAGUAUGGGAGAAAGCACUUAAAUGUGUUGAAAAACGCAUGCAAAUUGUCCUGCAAAGAGAUGUCAAUGAAAUUUGGAUUAAUCCAUAUAAUCCACUUUUGUUGAAAUGUUGGAAUGCCAACAUGGACAUCCAAUAUGUGGUUGAUGUAUAUGCUUGUAUCGUUUAUAUUAUCAGCUAUAUGUCCAAAUCUGAGAGAGAGAUGGGGCUGUUGUUGAAACAAACACACCAAGAGGCAACAAAACAGGGAAAUUCUGAUGCCAAAGAAGCUAUGAAGAAGAUUGGUCAAGCCUACCUCCAUAACCGUGAUGUGUCUGCACAAGAAGCUGUGUACAGAAUCACUCAAAUGCACCUGAAAGAAUGUUCAAGGAAAGUUGUGUUUAUCCCCACAGGUGACACAAUUUUCAAACUCACCAAACCACUAAAUGAACUGAAAAAGUCAGGAAACAAUGACAUUUGGAUGACUGGAUUUGUGGAUCGAUAUAAGAACAGACCACAGAAUGACACUUUUGAUAAUAUGUGCAUAGCCACAUUUGCAUCAGAGUAUCGUGUCUUAAGUACAUCAGAAAAGAAAUCCAAAAAUGUGAUUAAGUUACAGAAUUCAUGUGGAUAUAUUUCAAAACGAUACAGAACCAAACCUGCUGUUGUGCGCUAUACACGGUUUUCGGAAACAAAGAAUCCUGAGCUAUAUUACAAGAGCCUGUUACAGCUGUUUUUUCCUUAUCGUCAUGAUAACGACCUCAAACCUUCAUCAUUUCAUUCUUUUGAACAGUUCUACAAAGAAGGCACAGUGCAGCUUGGCAACCAGACCGUUUCAGUAAUGUCAAUUGUGAACUCAAAUAGAUCUCACUAUGACAUUGAAACUGAAGAUUUGGAAGAGAUAAAAAAUAACCUGGACUCUAAUGAAAUAUUAGAGGAUGCUUGGGCCAUGCUUUGUCCUGAGCAAGAAGCUGAACGUUUGGAAGCCACUGAUGAACUUGCACAGAGUAAACUGGAUGAUGAAGACCCCUUACCCCAUAUUCCUGAUUUAGGGAUAGCUAACAAAGAAACUGGUCAUUUAGAAAAACAACACAAUGCGAUGACUCAAGCUGAAGGUUUGGAGUUAAUUCGAUCUUUAAACGACAUCCAGCUGUCUAUAUUUUUCAAAAUACAAAAGUGGUGCAUACAAAAAGUCAAUGGAAAUGAUCCAGAACCUUUACAUGUGUUCAUCACUGGUGGCGCUGGCACAGGGAAAAGUCACUUGAUUCGGGCCAUUCAGUAUGAAGCCAAUCGUCUGUUUGCUCCAAUGCGACGCCACCCAGAUAACAUGAGUGUUUUAAUAACAGCACCCACUGGUAUGGCAGCAUACAAUCUAAAUGCAUCUACAAUUCACAGUGCAUUUAGCAUUGGAACAGAUGUGACACUUCCCUACAUACCAUUAGGUGAAGAAAAACUCAAUUCUCUCCGUGCCAAAUAUAUUGACCUGAAGUUAGUAAUCAUUGAUGAAAUAUCAAUGGUUUCUCAUAAACUGCUCACAUAUAUACAUGGACGGCUGAGGCAAAUCAAGCAAAGAGGUGAUGUUUCCCCUUUUGGAAAUGUCAGCCUUAUAGCAGUUGGUGAUUUUUAUCAGUUACCACCAGUUAUGGCAAAAGGCUUGUACACUGACAAUCUACCUGUGAACUUUUGGUCAAGUUUCCAAAUGGCUGAACUGAAAACAAUUGUCAGACAGAAGGAUACCACAUUUGCAGAAGUACUGAACAGAUUAAGAACACGAUCGAAAGGGACACCCAUGCUUCAUGAAGACAUCCACAUUCUACAAAGUCGUGAAACUGGAGAGCAGUCUUCUGCUCUACAUAUUUUCCCAACAAAUUCACAGGUAAACGAACAUAACUUUAACCAGCUCCAAGCCACUUGUCCUGACUAUCAAACAAUAGAUGCACAGGACUAUCACUACAACAGGAAAACUGGAAAAAUGGAAAGCAAAGUCACACCUCACAGUAAAGACAACCUCACCAGUCUGCAGAAACAGCUAUUUUUGGGUGUUCCUGCUAGAGUUAUGCUGUGUAAAAACAUUGAUGUUGAAGAUGGAUUGGUCAAUGGAGUCUGUGGAACUGUAACACAUAUUAGUGAAACAGAAAUAAAUGGACUUCCUGAAGCUGUGUAUGUUCAGUUUGAUGACAUCAAUGUUGGUACACAGAGACGAAAAAAGUACCCAUCCACUGCACCUGCUUUAAUAAACUCCACACGGAUACAGCCAGAGGAGGAAAGGGCUAACAGCAAAGGGGGGAAACGUCGUCAGUUUCCUCUUGCACUUGCCUGGGCUGUUACAAUCCACAAAGUACAAGGCCUGACUGUUGACAAUGCUGUGGUGUCGCUAAAGCAAGUGUUUGCCUCAGGACAAUCUUAUGUGGCUUUAAGUCGUGUAAGAAGUCUAGAUGGCCUUAUUAUCCAGGACUUUGAUGAAAAGGCUAUUUAUUGUAAUGACGAGGUAAAACAUGCCUUGGAAGCUAUGCCACGCUUCUUGGAUGACAAUGUGUCACAAGCCAAACAGUCAGCUGAUGUGUUAACCUUGUUUUUGAUGAAUGUUCAGGGUUUAGUAAAACAUGUACCUGAUUUGGUGUCAUCCACGCAGCAUUUACAGCCUGACUGUAUAGCUGUGACAGAAACAUGGUUAACAUCUCAGUCUGCACUUCAUAGUGUUGACAUAGACGGUUAUAGUUUUCACAGCCGUCCACGAAGUCUGGCAUAUGAUCACAGCAAGCAUCCGGCUCUUACUACACUCAAAAGUCAACAUCACGGUGGAGUGGGCAUGUAUUGCUCCAACAACACUAACUAUCACUUUCCUGAUGUACCCCAAUUUAAUUUGGAGUCCUUAAUUUACAAAAAUGUAAAUCAUCAGGUUUUAGUUGCAGUUGUGUAUCGUCCACCAACAUAUCCCAUGUCUGUGUUCAAGCAGAAUUUGAAAAAACUCCUAACCUGGCUACAGGCACAAAGUCAGUCAAUUGUGGUUAUGGGAGAUUUCAAUGACGACAUAUUGAAAUCAUCAUCAGUGUGCAAUUUCAUGACCAGUUACGGAUAUGUUCAGAAUGUCACGUCUCCAACUACAGAACGAGGCACUUUGAUUGAUCAUGUAUAUGUCAAAUCUGAACAAUAUGAGAUUUCAUCAGAAGUUGUUCCAACAUAUUUCAGUGAUCAUCAGGGCAUAGCCUGCUCUCUUAAGAUGAAGUCUGUUUAG